AUGACUUCUGUCUUGGGAUCAAAGACGACCACCGCGCAUGAUGAUACGAGGGAGUUUAUCCGUGGGCUGGAGAUGACGGCACGGAAGGUUCUCACGAACGCCAACAAAAAACGCAUGCAAGAGCUUCAGCGCCAGCAGAACUUGGCAAGGAGGCUUGGGACUAACGCGGAUGUCGAUCCGCCAAAAAAGUUCGUGAUCGAGGUUCCACCUGAGACCGAGGAAUGGGGCGACCAACUGGCCUCCAAAACAAUGGAAAUAGCCCCCAGUGGAAUGGUGGUUGGGGUCAGGGCGACACGGCGACCUUCGCGACAUCGCCGGCUCGACGGCUCAGAAGCAGCUGGCUCGAGUUUUCCAGCGCUGAGCGAGGGUGGGACAAAUGCCGCCGAAGGGAGUGAUGCGGGAGGCAGGGCCGGAAUGGCAGGCCGGAGGUUACCACAAAUAAGCCGCCGCGCCGGUGGUCUGACGCUUAGCGCUCCUGGUGCCGGCCAAGCACGCAGCGGGACUGGAGACGGCGGCGAAGGGUCGGCGGCAAAUGGGGCCAAAGGAAUGACCCGGACAGUUGUCCCCGUGGCCAAGAUAGAUGGUCGCUUGACAGUCAGUCCUUUAUUUUCGGUUUCAAUGGCGGAGCUCACGAAGCCGCCGAGAAGAGCUUCCAAUCAGGAUGAUGAUCCGCUCGCCGGUGCCGGAGGCGGUGGGGAAGAUGAGGAGGAGGCCGGGGGCAUUGCCAACAUGCGAGUUGUCAACGCCUCGAAGGUGAUCGGAAAAGGCCGAUCAGCCGGGAAAAGCCCCCACGCCACCAGGAAGCCGAAGAGGGUCAAGGGCGCGGCAGAGACGGAGGGUCAGGGAGUGACGUCAUGGUCCUCGGAUGACCUAAGGGUCAAGUACAGGGCCGAGCGGGAGAGGGAGGAGGCGUACCAGGCGUUCCGCCUCGAGGAGCAGGUUUCGGAAGCGCUCGAGAAGGACUACGGCCAAGUCGUCGCGGUGCCAGAGGUGGACCGGCACCCCCUCUACGUCGCCUACUACAACCAGCUGGAGCGAGAGAACACCCGCUGCCUGCUCCGCGCGAGCGCUCGCAACAAGAUGAAGCGCUUCAUCACCGACGUGCACACGGUGUGGCUCACCAACCUCGCCCACCACCCGGAGUUUCGUCGGAUGGUUCGCGGAGCCGCCGUCAGCCAAGAAGAGGGCGGUAUCGGUGCCGUUGAUGGUGGCGGUGUUCUUAGCGGUGGCGGCGAUGGUGGCGGUGGCGGCGGCGGCGGGGGUCAUAGUUACGGCAACGAAAUCGACCAACUAGAGGCGACGACUCCGGGCGCAAACCCGUCACGCAGGGGGCUGGAUGGCGGACGGGAUAGCGUCGCUAUCGCCGCGUCACAGUCGCAAAUCCAGUCCGUCCAGCCCAAGCGCGCUUUCCGAGGAGCAUUUUUCUACUCUGGCGCUGCUCAGGACUCCUCGUCAUGGCCAGGACAGCUAACUUCUGAAACCGCCACAAGCUCAAACCAGCUAGAGGGACAACAGUCGGCAGGGACUCGAGGGGGGGCGACUCAAUUAGCGGCACAUAACUCUCUGACCGACGACGGCGCAGAGGGUGGGGAUUCGCCCGAGCUUCCGCCCGCGCCGCAUGCGUCACCGGCGCUGGCCGUCCUAGCCUCGGAGAGACGGCGCCUUGCCACCGUUUCAACCGGUGGCGCUGGCAGUACUAGACGGCGAAGCGUUGGUGGCGGUGGAGGUGGCGCCUCGAGACGCAGGAGUGCCACAGGCGGCGGGGGGGAUGCAGGUUCCUGGCUCGACAUGUCCACGAGAGUGCUCCGUGUGCUUCGGUUUGCACCUCCACCGCCGCCUCUACCGCCACCAGGCAUGGAAUUCACACCAGGCGAGGAUGGCGGCCCCGCUGACUAUACCGAUCUAGAGCCUCCAGACAAGAGCGAUGGAACGUUAGUCGCUACAGCACGGGAAGACCACAGAGGGGACAAAACUGGACUGAUAGACCAAGCGGGACUUGCAUCACAGGGGCAGCCGUCGCGGCCGCCGCCGCCGCCAGAAGCUACAUGGAUGAUUUCGAGUUAUCAUCCAUACGACGGGUCGGAAACCCGAGUGAUGGUCGGGGACGUGGCGGUGGCAAAGGUUGUAGGAGACGCACUCUCCGCGCACGGCCCUUUGUCGACGGCGGGAAUGUCCCUUUCGUCGCCGGGGGCUGUGGACGCUGCCUCAGCGUCGUCAAAGCAGAAGAGAGGGGAGGUAGAAAGCGGACGAGCAACCAUUCCAUCAGGAAUCGAAUCCGCGGAGAAAGGAGGGCUAGGAAGGUUGCUGGUGCUGCGGAAGGGUGUUCGGGUCCCCGUGCUGGAUGACCAUGGUGGAGUCACCCGGAAAGUGUUAUCGAUAGUAGAGUUGCGGUUACGGCUUGGGUCGGUGUCAUCGAUGUUGUUAUCGUCACACUUACAGUCCAUUCUGGCGUCGCUACGCGACACGAUCAGCUUCUGUCCUAGUCCAACAGACAGGCAUGUCCCUUCGAUGCUCAGAAUCCGGUCGAACACAAAAAACAAAACUCAGGUGUUUGCCUCGUCGGCUUCCUCGGAAGGAGGAAAAACGCCUCCCAGCGUUGCCGACACCCCCAUCGAAGACGGCGCGAAGGUAGCAGCCAUGACCGCGGGCAACGUCCUGCUAGAGGUCAUCGCGUACCCAGCGGGCCUCUCUGCUGCCCCGGAGAUGGAUGGUCGACAGGAGGGGCGAGAAAGCCUUCGGCGCGAGGGCAGGCGGCGCGUGAUCCUGACGGCGGAGAGCUUGUGGCAGCGGCGACGAUGGCGACGGUCGCUGCGCCCGGGCGCUGCCUUGCCGUGGGACGAGCCUCCGCCUGAGGGGAGACCUACCAGCUGGUUGCCACGACCUGGUAAGCAUGACGAUGACGGUUCUCCUCCGAUCGAAGAAAGACGAAAUGCCGCCCGUCAGCAGGCUGAGCGGGAAGGAGAGGAGGAAAGGUGGCCUGUGCCGGAGUCGAUUCAAGGAGGAGAGGGGGCAACCGCGAGUGAAGGAGGGGACGGCGACGCGGUGAGGGAGAAAAGUGCACACCAGCAGGCUCUUGAUGAUCUUGUGGACAUGGUUGCGUUUGGACCACAUCCGGAGAAGACUGACGAGUGCCAAGGCCUGUCUUCUAUGGCCAUGCCACUUGUUCUGGUGCCAGCGCAAAGUUUUGGGCCCGAGGGGCAAAGAGAAGCGGUGGUAGUACCUGGAAGAGAAUCAGCUCCAGGUUGCUCUGCUACGUCUAUGGCGGUGGAUGGGUUGGCGGUGGCUUUGUUGGCGCAGGAAAGCAGGGCGGAAAUUCUGCUGUCUCUCGUGCGCCUGGGGAGCAGCGGCGGGCGGGGGCGAUCUUCCGCCAUAUCAGUGGAAGGCAUUCCUAGCACGUCCAUCACUCCCGACAACGCGGAGCAAAGCCUGGCUGAAACGUGGGAAGAAGAAGCCGACAGGGUAGAGCCGCUUUCUAUGCGAGUCAGCGGGCGAAGAGGUCACAGUCGAGAGGUACCCGGCACCUGCAAUAUCGGGAAAAUGGGGGUUACCUUCCACUAUCCUCAGGCGUCCGAGCGCACAAGAGCUGUCGCAUCGUUUUUUCGCGACGCGUCCAAGUCCUCGAGCGACUCGGUUAUGGUGGUGGUCGCGCUCGCCCUGGACACGCCGAAGCUCACUCCUCUGGUGAUCGCGUGGGAGCGAGAGCCGUUCGAGCCGGAACCCGCUCCCGACGAGGACGCCCUGGAUGUCGUGCCCCGAGUCAUGAUCCCGCCGGGAGUGGUUCUUGAGGAAGGGGUCGUUUCCGACCUCGGCGGCCACAUCGCGCCGGACGCCAUCAUCCUCACCAAAGCGGAAAAGAAGGUCGAUUUUUCUCCGCCGGAGGCCUUGGCGGGGGACAGGAGGGGUGGGGGCGGGGCGGCAGUGAAGCGUAGCCGCAAGGCCAGGAAAGAGCAGGAAUGGGUCCGACAUCGCAGAGACUGGGAAGAGGUGGACGAGAAGGGGUUUAGAAGGUAUGCUGUCUAUCAACUUUUGGAGCCCGACGGGUACAUGCAGACCCUGGGAUUCGGGGUCACGAAGCGGGCGGCCUUGCCCAACACCGCGGCGGUGUGCGGGCGCAGCACCUUUCACUCUGAGCAGCGGUGCACGGAGCAGCUCUGCAGACAGAGGACCGCCAAGGACUACGCGUACGUUUCUGCGAAUGACCAACACCGCGGCCCGAGCGAUCCCGGAAGCUACUCCGUGUCGUGCAAGCACGAGCGGAUGGCCGCCCUGCUGCGCACGGGCCUGGAGCGCUACAACGCCGAGAUGGCCAGGGUGGCUGUGGAGAGGGAGCGGCAGGCCAAAGAUGCCGCCCUACAGGCCAAGGUGGAAAUUGGCAAGGCACGGCUGGCGGACCGGAGAGCUAGGGAGGAUGCCGCCACUCGCUCGUUGGCGCGAAAGACGGACGCCCAACACCUUAAAAUAUCCGCCGGGGCGGAUCGAAGCCGCCACAAGUGGGAGCUGCGGAUGCAAGACUCGCACAUCGUGGAAACUCGGGGGUCUUGGGAGCAGCGCAAGGACUUAGGGGGCAGCGUGUUUUACUUCUGCAAGUCUGAAGAGGGCCUCCCGGAGCCAUUCAGCUGGGACCCUCCCGAGUGCUGGGGUGAGUCAGACCCGUCAGUGUUGGCAUUGGAGGGAGCCGCAGCCGCAGAAGGGGAAUCAUCGUUGGGAGGGGAGAGCUCAACUGGACCUGGGGGUAGUCUUGCACCCGAAGGUCCUCUCGCGGAGCAACUGUCGAGCAGCUUGCGCACACUAGGGUUUGACCCAGACCAAUCAGGUGGCGGUUACACCAACAACGGAGGAGGGCAUGACGGCGACGCAACUCCUCGACAGCUCACCGAAGAAGAGCAGCUCUCCCUGGCGGUUACCCGCCUGGCCGGGAACGAGAAGCUGCUGGAGGCGCUGGCCUGGCGGCUGGGGAUACCGCUGGCCGACGUGAGGCCUGAUGGCCGAGAGCCACCUCUCGCCCGAGACGACCAAGAAGACGAGGAAGAACUGGACGAGAACAGGGAGCAAAUUGAGCUCGGAGAACACGACGAUGCUUCGGAUAGUGAAGGCGAGCGGGGCGACACGAGAGAAUCACCGGGGCCACUUCCUCAAGAUCACACCGACCUUCGCCGGAUGCGGGUGGCAGAGCGAAGAAGAAAGGCCCAGGCGGACAGGGGACACGGCCACAAACAGCCCAAGCAUUCCAUCGUACCGCGUCUGCCACUCACCGACGAGUCGCAAGGCGGUAGAGCCGUAGGCCUGGAGGGCGAGAUCGGGGGACUUGGAUGGAGGCGUUUGGCUAGGGCUGACCUCGGGCAAAAGUUCUUGGAGAGGGUCGUGAACCCGAGGAUGGAAGGACCGAGUCCAGAGGCCGUUAACACCAGCCCAAAGCCGCGGCCCUCGUCUACAACCGACCCUUCGAACGCCACAAAACGUUCCGAGGACUGGUCCGUGCCGGUGGAGGCAAUGUUCGUUGGGGAUGUCGUGGCGGAACACGCCAGGAUCUUGCAUGAGGCAGAGAGGCGCAUGAAGAAGGAGGAGCUGGUUGACGACAGCUCCUCGGCGGCGUUCGACGCGGCGAAAUUCGCCGCCAAUGGACCACAGGAGUUCACCACGAUCGAGAGACGACUAAUGGCGCUAGCCGAAGACGACGGUCGUAACAAGGAGGAGAUUGAGGAAGAGGAGAACAAGGCCAAGGCUGUCAUCGCUGCGAAGACAGGAAAUCUUUCGGAACUGGAGGGGCUUCUGUACGAGAACGUGCCGCCGGACACGAAGGACUCCAACGGCAACACGCUGCUGCUCCUGGCUGCUCAGCAGGGGAACAAGCGCAUCGCCAAGUUCCUGCUGAGGAAGGGCGCGACGAUGAACCUUCAAAACAUGGACGGCCACACGGUGCUCCACUUCUGCUACAGUCACGGCCACCAGGACCUUGCGAAUUACCUGAAGACCAAGGGCGCGGACGAUUCCUUGCUUAACAGCGAGGGUCUGACGUGUUAUGAGGGUCUCCAAGCGGAUCGAGUUGCGAAUAUAUAA